AUGGCAAGGAGAGGAGACGUCAGGUCAAUGGCUAUCUCUGCCUUGUGGUGUCUCUUUUUUUCCCUCCUCACUUGGGGCUGCCCAUCAGGAUGUGCUGAGGAGAGUCCUGCGCCCCACGAUGUCACUGGAGACGCAAAGAAACCUGUGCUUUUGAGAGAUAUUGCAGCCACAACAGCCUUCAUCAGUGCUGCUGAGGUGGCCGUCAUUGGAUUCUUCCAGGAAUUAGAGAGGCCAGAAGUUUCGAACUUCCACAUUGUUGUAGGAAAAAUCCAGGAGGUGCCGUUUGGACUCAGUACCAACCCUGAGGUCCUGUCUCAUUAUAACAUCACGAGCAAUACCAUCUCCAUCUUUCGCAUGGUGGACGACAAACGUCAAGAUUUGGAACUCACCGAUGGCAAAAAAAUUGAUGCCACCAAGAUGAGCCGUUUCAUUCAGAUCAAUGAGCUGCGAAUGGUGACAGAGUACAACCCUGUGACGGCAAUAGGUCUGUUCAACAGUACAGUCCAGACCCACCUCCUCCUCUUCACAGACAAGACGUCCCAGGAGCAUAUGGAGCGAGUGCACAGGUACCGGGAAGCAGCGGAACUCUUCCGAGGAAAGAUUCUUUUUGUCCUGGUGGACAGCAAUGUGAAGGGCAAUGAACGUGUGAUGUCAUUCUUCAACCUGAAGAAGUCCCAGCUGCCAGCUCUGGCUAUAUUCCACACGCCAGAUGAGGAGCAGGAUGUGCUGCCCCUGGGUGAGGUCACAGUGGAGCGUGUGCAAGACUUCUGCAAUGGCUUCUUAGAGAGAAAGCAAAAGAAAGAAGAUCCCAGCCCAGAGGAGAAGACAGAGCUUUGACUCCCAUCUCAAUCACCAGAUAAAACACCGUGGCUCUGCCCAGUGCCACCUGCACUCCGUAUAAGAAGAGUUCACUGUGCCCAACAUCUCUGGAGGCCCUGAGACAAUAGGAAUAUGAGGCCAAGUCAACCAUGAUCAACCCUUCUCCAUUCCAUAUACAUAUACAUAUAUGUUCUUUCUCCUCUCUAGGUAUCUCUCUCUCUCUCCUUCUCACUUGCCAGUUCCACCCCCUCUCAUCUUAAUGCUCCAGGAGCCAUGGCACUGUACUGCACUGGUCCUUCUGGGCUCCCACUGCCUGUUGCCAUAUAUGAGAGCAAGAGGCAAUAUGAUGAAACUGCAGUGUCAAAAACAUGCCUUGCAGAAAGUUUAUGCAGAGAUUGGCAGGUCUGUUUCCCUGAUGACUCUGUCUCUGCCCCCUUAAUACAUGGUUCCCUCCCACCCCCCAUCUGGCACCGGUACUGUGUUGGGAUUCCCUUACACAUCUCUCUGGGUC